GAACUUAUCAGAUCCUACUAUAACAUAUCUCUGUAUCGCGAUACCAACCCCUGUCGAUGCGGUUCCCGCCUGCACCCCGCCAAUCGGGUGGCCGACCCGCCUGCUGACUCUUGAGGCGCAAGCCGUGCCUGGCGAGGCAAGCACGAGAUUUCGAGGACCUUUCUGGCACACCAGAUCAGGUCUGAUCGCAAAACCAACGCCUUUUCCCACCAUCGCGCCUAUAAAUUUGUGCGGCGCUCUGGCAUGCACCUGCGAUCGUGAAUGCGCCCAGCGCUAUUUUCCUGCCGGAGAUUGCGCAUAACCCCAGGCAGCUCCCUCGCCGCAAACUUCACUAGAAAGAGUGCCAGAUUUGGUACUUUCCCGUUCGCUGCAGCGCGAUCCCCUGUGCCGCCGCUGUGCAACCGCACUAGCAUCAGCUUUUCCAGCCCUUCUUCUCUCGCUGCCUCUUUCUAUCCUACCUCAUCCCCGCGCAUCCAACUUGCCUCCUCGACUGCUUCCGCUCCAUCUCCUGCGCCCGCUGUUCCCAUCAGCGCCUCAUCAGACUCGACCGGAACCAUGAACGGCACAACAAAUCCGGCCGCCCGCUCCAAGCGCAAGGAGCACCCGCAUACCGUCGAUGGCCGGUAUCCCAAGCACCACCGCACGAAUGGCGAGGUGGCCCCGGCUGCCGAUAACACCCCCGACAACCAAGACGAGUUCGAGGGCGAGUUUGGGGGCGAGCUCGAAGAGUUCGAGGACGCGAGGUUGCCAGCCGUCCUCCCCACCGGUCCGGACACGGCCGAGUGGCAGGCUACGAUUCAAAGAGUGGUCCGAAAUGUGGUGUCCAUCAGGUUCUGCCAGACCUGCUCUUUCGACACAGACCCGGCCUUGACAAGCGAGGCGACGGGUUUUGUCGUCGAUGCCGAGAGAGGAUACAUCCUGACGAACCGCCACGUUGUUGGCUCGGGUCCCUUCUGGGGUUACUGCAUCUUCGACAACCACGAGGAGGUCGACGCAUACCCGGUCUACCGCGACCCCGUCCACGACUUUGGUAUUCUCAAGUUCGACCCCAAGGCGAUUAAGUACAUGCCCGUGGAUGCGCUGCCGCUGCGGCCGGACCUCGCCAAGGUCGGUAUCGAGAUCCGCGUGGUCGGUAACGAUGCCGGCGAGAAGCUCAGCAUUCUUUCCGGUGUCAUCAGCAGAUUGGAUCGCAACGCGCCGGAAUAUGGCGAGGGGUACAGCGACUUCAACACGUGCUACUACCAGGCCAGCGCAGCAGCCAGCGGUGGUAGUUCCGGUUCCCCGGUUGUGAACAUGGAUGGGUAUGCUGUUGCGCUGCAGGCUGGCGGCAGAGCGGAUGGUGCCGCAACCGACUACUUCCUGCCGCUCGACCGACCACUGCGGGCGCUGAAGUGCCUGCAAGAAGGGACCCCCAUCACCCGUGGCGAUAUCCAGUGCCAGUUCGUGCUGAAGCCCUUCGACGAGUGCCGGAGGCUCGGCCUGACCCCGGAGUGGGAGGCCCAGAUCCGCAAGGCGUUCCCCAAGGAAACCAACAUGCUCGUUGCCGAGAUUGUUCUUCCCGAAGGCCCGUCGCACAAAAACGCGGAGGAGGGCGACGUCCUGAUCAAGGUGAACGGCGAGCUGCUCACCCAGUUCAUCCGCCUAGACGACAUCCUGGACUCGAGUGUUGGCGAGCCCGUCAACCUUCUGCUGCUCCGCGGCGGCGAGGAGGUCGAGGUGGAGAUCAAGGUUGGUGACCUGCACGCCAUCACCCCCGACCGCUUCGUCUCGGUGGCUGGCGGGAGCUUCCACAGCCUCUCGUAUCAGCAGGCGCGUCUGUACGGCGUGGCCUGCAAGGGUGUCUAUGUGUGCGAGGCUGGUGGGUCAUUCCGGUUCGAUAAUGCCGAGAACGGAUGGCUCAUCCAGACGGUCGACCACAAGAAGACGCCCGACCUCGAGACGUUUAUCGAAGUGAUGAAGGCCAUCCCUGACAAGUCUCGCGUGGUUGUCACAUACAAGCACCUGCGCGACCUGCACACCCUCAACACGACCAUCCUGCACAUCGACCGGCAUUGGUCCAAGAAGAUGAAGCUGGCUGUCAGGAACGACGAGACCGGGCUGUGGGACUUCUCCAACCUCGCGGACCCCGUCCCGCCCGUUGCACCGAUACCCAGGAAGGCGGACUUUAUCCAGCUCGAGCACACGUCGCACCCCGCCGUGGCCGACCUGGUCCGCAGCUUCGUGCACGUUAGCUGCGUCAUGCCUGUCAAGCUGGAUGGCUUUCCCAAGAACCGCAAGUGGGGCAUGGGCCUGGUCAUCGACGCGGAGAAGGGCCUCGUGGUGAUAUCGAGGGCCAUUGUCCCGUAUGAUCUUUGCGACAUCACUGUGACAAUCGCGGAUUCCAUCGUGGUCGAGGGCAAGCUCGUGUUCCUCCACCCCCUGCAAAACUAUGCCAUUAUCCAGUACGACCCGAAGCUGGUCGACGCACCGGUCCUCAGCGCCAAGCUCAGCUCUGAGGAGAUCACCCAAGGUGCCUCGACCUACUUCAUCGGCUACAACCGGAUCGGGCGCAUUGUGCACGCGGCGACCACGGUCACCGAGAUCUUUGCCGUGACCAUACCGGCGAACUCGGGGGCGCCCAGGUACCGCGCCGUCAAUGUGGACGCCAUCACAGUCGACACGAGCCUUAGCGGGCAGUGCGGCAGCGGUGUCCUGGUUGCCCAGGACGGCACCGUCCAGGCGCUCUGGCUGACGUACCUCGGCGAGCGCAACCCGUCAACACACCGGGAUGAGGAGUAUCAUCUCGGCCUCGCGACCCCGACGGUGCUGCCGGUUGUCGAGCAGAUCCAGCGGGGCGUCGACCCCAAGCUCCGGAUGCUCUCGGUCGAGUUCCGGGCCAUCCAGAUGUCGCAGGCGCGGUUGAUGGGCGUGUCGGAGGAGUGGAUCCAGAAGGUGUCGGUCGCCAACACGGCGCACCACCAGCUCUUCAUGGUGACCAAGCGCACGUUCGAGCGCAACGAGCAGGAAGACGCGGCGGCGCUCCUCGAGGGCGACGUGGUGCUGUCGCUGAACGGCAAGAUCAUCACCAAGAUCUCGGACCUCGACGUCAUGUACUCGCACGACCAGCUCGACGCCGUCCUCGUGCGCAACUGCGAGGAGCUGAGCCUGAAGCUGGACACGGUGGCGGCCGACGACGUCGAGACGACGCGGGCCGUCUCCUUCUGCGGCGCCAUCUUCCACGCGCCCCACCACGCCGUGCGCCAGCAGAUCAGCAAGCUGUUCAGCGAGGUCUACGUCUCGGCCCGCACCCGCGGCUCCCCCUCGUACCAGUACGGCCUCGCGCCCACCAACUUCAUCACCCACGUCAACGGCAAGCCCACGCAUGAUCUGGAGGCGUUCCUGGCCGAGGUUAUCAAGAUCCCGGAUAAUACCUGUAAGUUUUGUUCCCCGUUUUUCCGUCGUCUGACCGGUGACGCGGGUUUGGUGGUUAGUUGCUGACAAGCAUGGUUACAAUAGACUUCCGGCUCAGGGCCAUGUCGUUCGACAGCGUGCCGUGGGUGGUCACGAUGAAGAAGAACGACCACUACUUCCCGACCAUGGAGCUGAUCAAGGACCCCAAGGAGGAGUGCGGUUGGAGGCGCAUCACCUACGAGGGCGGCAAGGUGAUCCAGGGCGAGGGCCCCGACGGCGUGGUCGG